AUGGUUUUUGAAAGUCGCGAUAUUAAAGAAUUAAAAAUUGUUCAUAAAGAUCAAAGUCAAUCAGUAGCAUCUUCACAUGACAUAUUUACUCCAUCAUCAUCAUUAGAGCAAAAGCAAUCAUUGAUUGUUGAUCAUCCACCAACUGUCUCAGCAGUGAUUGGUACAUCGGAUAAAGCUUCAUCAAUAUCUAGUCAAAUAAUAGGUAAUCCUCAUGAUUUACAUAUAACUCAUCAACAAUCGAACACAUCCCUAAAUGAAAGUAUAUUAUCACGAGAUUAA